UGCACAUACCUGCUUCUAUAGUGCUCUAAAAACGUAUAAUAGCAGGCUGAUAAUAAAGAAACAAAACAAACUUCAGUUUUCAACUGUGCCAGUUGGGAUUUGAGACAUUUGUUAAAUCGACCGCCCGAUAAAAUACUAUCAUAACACUACAAUUUUAUGUGAUUUAUUUGGUACACCGUACAAAUUUUGUUUCUUCAGGAGUGAGAACAUACUAAACCUUGAACGUGGAAGCAUAACAUCUCUUUUCUCCACGUGAAUUGUUUAUUAAAAAAACAUCCACGAUGACGUCAAAUGAUCAAAGAAUUUCUGUUGUACCUAGUCUGAUGAAGUGGUCUUACCAUGCCUGUAACAAAGUCCAGCGAAACAAGUAUAACGGGAUGGACGUUCCGGUCGUCGACUUGAGGGAUUGCUGCAAAUCGGUUUUCCAAUUCAUAAAAUUGAACAGGAAUAAAUUUAAUGAUCCACAAAACAAUAGACCGUUUUCAAUGGUGCAUUUCUCCACGCGAAAAAAAUUAUUAAAAAUCAUAAUCAAUAAGGCCCCAUUAUACGGGCACGUCGAUUGUCUGAGUUUCGCUUUGGAGAUUAAAGUUCCAUGGUUCCUACACCCAUGGCUUAAAGCGGAUGAAGCUUGCGCUCAGGCCGCUAGCAGAGGACACCUGGAAUGUUUAAAGUAUGCAGAUGAAAUGGGAUGUCGCUGGGACUCAGAAACGUGUGAAAAGGCCGCAGAGGGUGGACACCUGAAUUGUCUAAGGUACGCCCAUGAAAAUGGAUGUCCCUGGAGCUAUAAAACGUGUGAAAAGGCUGCAGGGAGUGGACAUCUUGACUGUCUAAAGUAUGCACAUGAAAAUGGUUGCCUGUGGGACUCAAGUACGUGCGCAAAGGCUGCAGAAGGUGGACACGUCGACUGUCUAAGGUAUGCACUCGAAAAUGGCUGUCCACAGGACUCAGAAACGUGAGUAAAGACCAUAGAGGGUGGACACCUUAGCUGUCAAAGAAAAACGAGAUCUACAGCUAUCCUACAUGGAUAUCUGAGCUCUUCGAGGUGUGCACUUAAUAAUAGAUUGCCGUAGAGUAAACGAACGACAGAAAUAGCUGACGAACAUGCGGAAAUUUGGACUGUUCCUCACCAUAGACUUUUGAAAUGUGUAUACACAUUUUUUUUGCAAGCAUUUUAUAUACAUACAUGCAUGAUAUAUUAUAGAUGAUUCUGUCUUUUACCUGGUAUUGUAUUUAUUGAAUUUCUUUUAAAUAUAAUUUUAGAUUUGCCUAUA